AUGGCGGAGCGAGAUCCGUCUCCGAUCCCGAUGGAGAUACGAGCCCGGCUGGCUGAGCUGGACCUGGAGCUGUCAGAAGGGGACAUCACUCAAAAAGGUUAUGAGAAGAAGAGGUCCAAGCUGAUCAGGGCUUAUUUCCCCCAUGUGGCAGGUAACAGCAGGCUGCACCGCGUUACCAGAGUCCAGGCCAGUUCAAACCAGGCCAUACUAAAGCAGGCUCUGACCGCUGCACAUCUUAAACCAGGGAUGGAGGGGCCCCUGUCUCAUCGCCCCCCACUUGGCCCCCCCUCUGCAGCGCGUUUUCACCGGCGACGCACUUCCGGAACGAGAGACGAGCGCUACAGAUCAGAUGUCCACACGGAGGCGGUGCAGGCUGUGUUAGCCCGACACGUGGAGAGGAAGGUGGCUGUGCCGAUGCCAUCCAAGCGGCGCUCUCUAGUGGUGCAGACGAGUAUGGAUGCGUACACACCCCCAGGUGAGGCUCCUCCCCCAGGUGAGGCUCCGCCCCCAGGUUUGUCACCGCUGUGCUCUGAUUCGUCCUCGGGCUCAGAGGAGGAGGCGGGGCCUCGAGACGACCUGUCAGGAUUGGAACACUGGAGCCGGCCAUCACAGCUUGGCCCCGCCCACCUGGGGUCCACUUCCUCGUCGUCCUCCUCCACUCAGAGCGGAGGCAGUGGGAACGCCAGCCGCCUCGCUGACUCCCUGGCUCAUGCACACCUGUCCCACCUGGGCCACUCCCACCUAAGUCAGUCCCACCACGGGAUCGGGCACCUGUCCCUGAAGAGGAAAGCCGCCCUCAGUGUGGCAGAGAACGGCGGCUCUCUGCGGCGCUCCUGUGAGUUCGGCUCCGACAUGUUGUGGCCACCGCCACUGGAGUCCGACGAGAAGCGCUUGGGCCCCGACGUCACCGGUUACUCUUCCGACUCCCCGCACUCCCACACAGAGCGCCACCACAUGUCCAACAUGGGAACUAUCGCCCGCAACACGCAGAAGUACGGCAACGCGGAGAGGAUGGAGACUGGGGACGGCGUCCCGGUGAGCAGUCGUGUCUCUGCAAAGAUCCAGCAGCUGGUGAACACGCUGAAGCAGCCGCGCAGACCGCCGCUCAGGGAGUUCUUUGUGGACGACUUCGACGAGCUCUUAGAAGGGGCCAUGUCCACUGUGACAGUCCGCCUUUCCGAGGAGGCGUGUCCACUGCGGCAGUCCGCCUGUCCGAGGAGGCGUGUCCACUGCGACAGUCCGCCUGUCCGAGGAGGCGUGUUCACUGCGGCAGUCCGCCUGUCCGAGGAGGCGUGUCCACUGCGGCAGUCCGCCUGUCCGAGGAGGCGUGUCCACUGCGACAGUCCGCCUGUCCGAGGAGGCGUGUCUACUGCGACAGUCCUCCUGUCCGAGGAGGCGUGUCCACUGUGA